UUGUCGAUCUUUUUUUUUAUAGCGCAAAAAAUAAAAACCGCACAGGUGAUCAAAUACCACCGAAAGAAAACUCAAUUUGUGGGAAAAAAGGACGUAAAUUUAAUUUGGGUGCAGCGUUGCAUGACCACACAAUUGUCAGUUAAAGUAAUGCAGCGCUGUAUCGCAAAAAAAAUGGCCUGGUCAGGAAGGGGGGGGGGGAAUCCUCAGGAGGGCGAGGGGUUAAAUAAAUUGUUACUCUUUUUAUUAAAAGCCAACCUGUAAUAUCCCAGUUAACCUGCAGGGGGGGGGUCAGAUUGUGGCCAGUGAGGAUA